UGACGUAUACGUCAUUUUGUUCACUUUGCAAAUGGCAGUAGAUGAUGAUUCGACGCGAUAUUAGGUUAUCGAGAAUUAUCAAAUAUUAAUUGUAUCGUCAUUAGUAAAUUAUGACAUCCAUCAGCGAAGUCGACGCAGUGCCUAAAUCGAAAAAACCAUCGGAUAGUGCAUUCAAACAACAACGACUACCAGCCUGGCAACCAAUACUUACAGCUGGCACGGUUCUACCAACGUUUUUUGUAAUAGGUGUUGCAUUUAUACCAGUCGGUAUAGGAUUACUUUAUUUUUCUGACGAAGUCAAGGAAAAGACUAUAGAUUAUACUAAUUGUAAUUCCAAUUCCACAAAUCACAUUCAAAAUGGACUACCUCUCAAAUGUGCAGACAUAAUUGCAGCCAAUUCUUCGGAACCCUGUUUUUGUGAACUGAAUUUUACACUACCUGUACACUUUAUGGGCAAAGUUUACAUGUAUUAUGGCCUAACAAACUUUUACCAGAACCAUCGCAGAUACGUAAAAUCUCGAGAUGACAAUCAAUUAUUGGGAAAAUUAACUAACAUAAAUGAGGAGAUUUCAAGUGAUUGUGAACCGUUUGCCUAUGAUGAAAGAAACGAUACUAAAAUUCCCAUUGUCCCAUGUGGAGCCAUUGCAAAUUCACUUUUCAGUGAUGAUCUAACACUGUAUUCCGCUAAACAUAAUGAACCUGUGCCAUUAUUAAAAACUGGCAUAGCUUGGCCAUCCGAUAAAAAUAUUAAAUUCAGGAAUCCUGAAGGAAAUAUAUCAAAAAUAUUUGAGAAUUUUGCCAAGCCUAAGAACUGGAGUAGAACUAUUUAUCAAUUAGAUCUUGAUGAUCCAAAUAACAACGGAUUCCAAAAUGAGGAUUUAAUUGUAUGGAUGAGAACAGCUGCAUUACCUACCUUUAGGAAACUCUAUCGUAGAGUUGAUCAUAGUAAAGAUGGCUUUGUUGAUGGUCUACUCGCAGGAAACUACACUCUUAAAGUCAAAUAUUCAUUUUCCGUAUCUGCCUUUCAUGGGAAAAAGAAGAUGAUUUUAAGUACAACAUCCCUUUUGGGUGGCAAAAAUCCUUUCCUGGGUAUUGCUUAUAUUGUUGUGGGAAGUUUGUGCUUAUUGCUGGGCAUAGCAUUACUCAUUAUACAUAUUAAAUGUUCCAAAAGCAAACUAAUGUAAAGACGGCUACAAGAAACUAUUCUUAGGGCACCGUGUAUGUUCUUGUAAGUGUUUGUAAUAUUGUGUUACGUCUAUCCCUCUCUGUAAUUGACAUGUAAAAUGUUGCCUUGUAUGAUAAAAUAUGACUAAUCGAGCAGUGUUUUCUUAUAAUUUCGUAUUUCAAUACUAAAUAUUAAAAACUGUGUAUGUAUAUUUUAUUACAUAUAUAUUUAAUUUGUUUACUGUAUAUAAGUAUUGUAAAAUAUUAUGUAUUUUAAUAAAAAUACAAAAAAGAAUCAAUUGAUAAUUAGCUCGAUUGGCCAUAUUUAGUGCAUUGUAUGCUUUAUCGAAAUGUAUAUAUAUUUUUCUGCUGUAUAUAUCAAGAGAAUGGGAUAUUUAAAACACUGCUACAUAGAAUCUUCGAUUUAAUGUGAAAUUACAGAUAAAAAUAAUUUUAUUACAGCAUUGUUGAUUUUUUUUAUUUAUUUACUUAUGACUACGUGAUAACUAAGAAGAUAAAACAAUUUUAUAACUAUAAUAUAGUUAUUUAAAAGUAGAUAUAAUAUGUGUAUGUGAAUUGUGAUAGAUGUAAGAUAAUAUGACAUAUAAAAAUAAAGAAAA